CAUUACCUCUUUAUAAUAUUAGUAUAGAUGAUAAUCUUUAAAGUUCUUUUUAGCUAUGGCUUUAAUAGUUUUAAUUUUAAUUAAAUAUUACAUUUUUAGCAACGAGAAGGACCCGCAGACAUGGGUGCGACUGCAACUUUAGAAACGGAAACCGAAAAGGAUCGCGAUGCCCAGAGUAUAUUUGAACGAUCUCAAAAAAUUAACGAGGAAGUGAAAGAUGAUGACAAAGUAUACAGAGGUAUAAAUAACUAUAUGCAGUAUAUUAAGAAAAAAGAUACUGCACAAGGAAAUGCUUCCAGUGGGAUGGUCAGCUUUAUCAUGGAUUUGAUCGAACACAUGACAUGAACUGGAAAUAACAGUGAUUUGCAAAAAUUAAAAAAAUAUAUUACCUAAACCAUGGUUCCAUUUUGGAAUGAUAAAUGAAAACCUGAAGAUGGCCUAUCCAAAUAGGCUGAAAACGUUUGAGUAAAGAGAAAAAACUUGGCAAAAAGAAUUCAGGUGUGUUCAUAUUAUUAUAAUUAAUAUUGCUGAGAAGGAGAGAUAUAAUAUAUUACCUAAUUUAAUUAAAAAACACCUCUAAUUAACUGCACGGACAGACCAGUACAAUAAAAAAUAAUACACUUUAUGUUUGAGUCUAAUAAUUUACACACUUCUGUAUGUUCACAAUGAUUACAAUAUGUGAUUGUAUACUAUAUAAAUUAAGUUAUGACCCAUGUAAAACUUUAUAGCAAGCUAUUCGCUUGUGCCACUAACUAUAGGUGGCGUAUGAGUCAACUAAAAUGGCUGCCGCAAAGGGUAUAGCGUGCCUGUCAACAUAGACAACACACAAGUGAUUCUCAUUCUCUCUCUGUAGUGAAAACGUUUUAUCUGCAUUCUUGUUCGACAUAAACAACUAUGAAAUCAACUAGGAUUAAUAUCAUGAUGAUUUCACUUUGUGACAUUUUAGAAUACAGGUAACCCUCGUAUAACACGGUAGUUACGUUCCAAAAAAUUGCCGUGUUAUGCGAAACAAAGAACUAGUACGAAAAGGAGGGUUAGGUUCCAAAAAUU